GCGGGCAGUGUCAAACCAGGAAAAACAUAAUCUAACCAGUAGCACCCUGUCUAUAUACGUGUUGUGUUUUGAGGUUACAUACAGAGAACUUCGUUUCAGUUUCGGAUGUCCUAUUAAUCUCCUCCAGCCACCGGAAGCGCUAUUAAAGCCGAGGUUGCAAAGUGCGUCACACACACACACCGCGGAGCCUGCAGUCUAGCACCGGUAGUCUCACCCGUUUUUUCUGUCCGCACAAGAAACCCGACCUGACGUUUCUACUCCAACAUGGUGAAGAUUGCUUUUAACUCGGCUCUGGCGCAGAAGGCGUUAGGAAAAGAUGCGCCAGCCGCUGAGAAGGAUCCUGAGCUGGCCUCUGCUCCAGUGAGCACAGAGGGCUCCACAGGUCGCUGUCUGCUCACCCUGCUGGGCAUCGCCUUCAUCCUCAGCGGGCUCAUCGUGGGGGGAGCAUGUCUCUAUCGAUACUUCACCCCAAAGAGACUGUAUCACGGCGCGAUGCAGUUUAACGACGUGUCAGCCGGAGCUGGAGGAGAGAGCGAGCCGUACUACCUGCCACGGGUGGAGGAGGAGGUGGAGAUCUCUGACAGCAUGGCCGUCAUCAGUGUGCCCCCUCCUCGCUUCAGACCUGGAGAUCCCGCCUACAUCCUCCAUGAUUUCAACAGGAAGCUGACGGCAUAUCUGGACUUGACUCUGAGGACCUGCUUUGUGAUUCCUCUGAACACCUCAGUGGUGCUCCCCCCUCAAGACCUCAUUGACCUCUUCUCACAGCUGAUGUCGGGCUCAUACCGCAGCUACCUGGUGCAUGAGGACCUGGUGGUGACAGAGCGUAUUGAUGAUAUCAAACCUCUGGGCUUCUACAUCCGCCGGCUGUGUGAUGGCAAGGAAACGUACAGAAUGCAACGCCGCGCCAGCCUGCCAGGUGGAGGCAUCCAGAAGCGCUCUGCAGACGAUUGUUUCACCUUCCACCACUUUGAAAACAAGUUUGUGACGGAGACCCGGAUCUGCAAGGCUUGAUGGGAAAGCAUGAGCAUAGGUCAGAGAGAGUAAUGGAGAGAGCCAGAAUGACGGAAAAAAAGAAAGAGAGAGUGGGAGUAGGCGAAGGAGGGAACAACUUUUAUCGGAAAGUUACUUUUGUAUAAAAUUCUAACUCCAGUUUUUGCCUCCCCUGCUUUUAACCCCCCAGUGAUAUUUAAUUGUGAAUUUAAGUUACAGCACUCUAGCAUAAACCCUUUCUCUGCUAUAUUUCCCUGAACCUGCAUAUGUCAUAGCUCUCUUGCUCAAGUAUUCACUAGCUAGUCUUGUACCAAUAACCUGCAUCAGCCUGUUAACCAAGGAUUUACUAAGUUUCAUUUCUUAUGUUAGUUUUUUUGUUCUGUUACUGUUGCUUCCUGCAGACUGAUCUCAUCGUUGUUACUGUGCUACAACAUACAGUCACCUACAGACGAGAGAAUUGUUAGUCAUUCUACUGGAUAUCCUAGUGAUGCUGAGAAGUCAUUCAUAUCAGACCUGUCUGUGUGUCAGCCUGCUGUUCCAACUCUUAACAGACAUUAAAAGGGUUUGUCUCCUGCUGACGAGAGAAACUACGUGUUAUAGUAGGAUAUAGCGCAAAUCACCCUGGAAAUGUAUGGUACGGUACGGUACAGUUGCAGUAUGUAACGUGGUUGUCAUUGUCUUUUAUGGAUGGUACCAGAGAUGCACAAGCCCAGAGCUUUCAGUCACUAUUUUGUAGAUAUUUCCCAGAGUGCCCUGCUGCUCCCAGAGGCCUCUGCUGUCCUGCUGUGUGAUGAUUUUAUGUCAUUAAUGGUGUCAAACCUGAUGGUGAACAGUCUAGCACCCUAUAUGACCAGUGUUUGUGUUUGUGUAGAAACCUCAUUUGUGAUAAUAAACAUGAAGGAUGGUCGAUGAAGGAAAAGGAGUGUAUAAGCUAAAGGGAAAUUUCACCAAAUUUGACCUUGAAAAUACUUGUUCUUUCUGCCAGAUUUUUUUUUAAUUCUUAUGAAUGAAUUUGUAGUCCUGUGAUGAAAUUAUCUUUACAGAGACAUUUAGUUGCUGUAGGUUCAGAAUCUACAAGUUUUGCAAAAUCCUAGAUAUUUUAAAUUGUUAUAGGAACAUAUUUGUAAAAGAAAAAAAAAAACUUCAGCAAACCCUCAAGUAUGGAAAAAAAGACCUUUUGCCAACUAACCUCCAAAAUAAUUUUCAAUGCUUUCCCACGUGAUGCCUGCAUAGAAAGACAAUCAGACAGGAAGUGAGCGUGUGAAAAUGUUUCUGUCUCAGCUUUUUAACAGACGAUUAAGAAGAUUAGAUCAACAAAAAAACAAUGUUGUGUGCAGCUAUUGAACCGAAUCUCACUUUGUUGUUGAAUAAAGCUGUUUCUUUACCUACUGAA